AUGCCUCUGGCAAAUCGGCAUGCAUUCGGUUUUGUGGAUCCAGCAGUCGUUCUCAGGGCAUGUCAUAUCAUACUGGCAUUCUUGCAGGGUCAGUGCAAUCCCAGUGAAUGCGGGAUUUCCACUGUUGCAGGAGAUGAACAUGACUGGCACGAGUAUUACGUUAACAGCUUUGUCGAUCGAGACACCAUCAUGCACUUCCAUUACGGCCUUGGAGUAGGGCAUGUGUACUCUCAUGAGGCUCAAAUCCCAGAAUGCCCUUGUUCGGCACAAGAGGCACCUCACCCUGUCCCACAGACCACACCACAGUCAAGCGAACAUUCAGAAAGGGACGAAACCCUCAUGGAGACCUCUAACCGGCAAGCUCCUGCUGACAAUGAGGAUGAAGGGGACAAAGAGGAAGAUCACGUUGGAGUCGAAGAACUGGAUUUCUUUGAGCAGGAACAAAAUGGCAGCUCGGAGUCACUCGUUGAGGCACUAGACGAGAUGUUCACUGACUAUUGUAACAUACUGUAUACCCCAUCUGACGGCACUGGGCACCAAUAUGACUUGCGGUUGCUUCUUGCAAGCCCCAUUGUUUCAUUUAUUGGUCCCUCCAAUUUUGUGCCGCCUCCAAGUUCUUUGAUCACCAUGCAGGCUCUUCCCCCUGCUCCGAUUUAUGUGUACUUGUCAAAACGGAAGCAGGCCUUCAGGCUUGUCCAGCUACCUUUUGUUCUCGUUUAUCACCCGUCGUUUUCCUCUAACUUGCUAUCUCAGCAGCCGUUCGUUGGAUUUGCCGAGCACCUUUUCCUCGUAGGAUAUCUUGCGCACAUCUACCGACAGAUUUCGCCACUUUACUGCGCAGAGUUUGCACCAGACCUUGUUUUGCCAACUGUAGGGGUGUUGGCCAUCGUGCAGCAGGGGGAUGUAGUAUUUCACACUGUAUUUGAAAAAGAGGCUGGUGAUGGUGAUUUUCUUCGGAAUGUGAACACCGCAUUUUGCAGCCCAAACUUCAGAGGGCUUGGCAGUGCCUUGUGGCCCAUGUCACCGUUUCCCUAUGGAUACUUGCCACCUGCACCUGUUCUGCACAUAUCACACCUUCCUUCGACUGAACUUGAUGAAGUGGUUCCUGAUGGAUCCAUACUACCUGCCCCUCUCGCUGCCACAGCACCUCUUCCGCAUGUGUCACAGGCCCCAGCCCUUCCUUCAACUGACGAAGUAUUUCCUUAUGAACCCAUGGCACCUGCCCCCCUCGUUGCUGCCGAGGCAGCUCCUCAUCCGCACAUGUCACAGGCUUCAGUCCUUCCUUCGACUGACAAAGUGUUUCCUUAUGGACCCAUGCCAUUUGCCCCUCUCGCUGCCAUUGAGGCAGCACCUCUUCCUCAUAUAUCUUUCGCCCCUCCGUCGAUUAACGAACAGUCUGUAUACACAUCAUAUUAUCCAUCCAUUACCUCGUUUAACGGCUACACCAAGAACUCAAGUGAUCACCCACUCGUUACUGCUGCGCCAGCUGGUUCCGUCGAGGAUCUGAUGGUUUACUUCGAUACCAAUGACAUCCUUGCUGAACAGCUUCCACAGGCGGUGUUUCACCAGGCGUUGAUCUGGAAAGGUGUGGAUGUCAAGUUGGAAUCUGACCUCUGGGUGGCUAUUUCCGCUGCACUGGGAAAAUACCUCUGGAAUCACGUAUUAUUCUUGACAAAGUGCCUUUACCUUGGUUCUCUAUGGGUCGGAGUAGCAAACCCAUUCAAUCUUUCCGAACUAGCAGGAAGGCAGCUGAUUAGCACUUGCUUGCUCAUGGCAAUAGAUCUUGAUUGCACCACGUUACAAUAUCUGGAAGACAAACUGGUGAUCGUGAAGGGUCAGGAAACCUCACCUGUUAGAUGGAACACGCUUCGUCUAACUUUCUGUAAUCACAUCGAGAACAGAACUUCAGAGAUGCAUAAAGCCAUCUGGGCCUCCCUUUUUCAACCGAUGAACGGCUUGUGCAAGGGCAAUUGCGACGGGAGAAUCGCAGACCUCUUUCCUGAAGAAAUCCGAGGGCCCAAUGGUCUAUUACAGAAGGGUGUAGUGGGGACAUUACUAACCAUUGUUCACAGAGGCAAUCAAGAUGUAACCUUUCUUAAGCGCCGUGAAUGUGUUUCCGAUGGACACAAAAAACCUCUGUCCGAAGACGUGCCCACAAAAGAGGCGACCAAAACGUCUGAGUGA